UCUAUCACAUCCUUACUGCGCCCGCACAGGUGUGCAUUUCAGCGCCUCUCCACAACGCUGCCCUGUCACUCAAUUGAUCAAUUGAUCGAAUCGUCCGAUUCACUCGUGUCCGUUACAGCUCUCGUUCAGACAUCUUCAUCUAAUAUGACGUCAUCCGGUGUUGUCCCAAACGAAAACACAUCAAAGAAGCAUUGCAGAUGAAAAAAUGUCCCACCGAUCAUCUAACAUCGCGCGACUGAUUCCGAUUCAUCUACUAACAUUCCACGACAGUACUCAAGAUGCCGGUUCGCGCAAGCCACACAUCGCAUACAGCGCAUCCUCCGAAACAUCUUCCAUCGGUGUCCCACCCACAUAACCGAUCUUCCCCUCCCCAACCUUUGUGAGCGCAAUAACAGCCCGAUCCAACCGUCCCCCAGACUUUGGCUCUGUCUCGUCGUGAUCCCUACCCCCACAGUACCAGACAUCCUUCUCCUGGACACCCUUGAUACAAAAAAACUUUCCUUGAUAUGUAGGCGAUAAACCGUGGCGGGCGCCCUCUCCAGAAGGAUUGAGAUGAAUAACGGCGCGAUAGUAGGUUGAGUAUUUCCACGGCAGACCGCACGAUUCCCAGAAGUAGUCCAUUUCUUCUUCUUCGACCAUGAGGGGGAAGUUUGCUGCGAAAAUGAGCGUACCUCCUGCGUGUGCGUAUUCUAGGAGUUUUCCGAGGGUGUCGGGAAGCUGUGCGAUGAUGCCAUCGGCAACGAUGACUGCACGGGGAGGCGGAGAAGAUAGCUUCUGAACAACUUCUGAUUCGUUUGAGGCAACGUCUAGCUCGCUGAGGCUAGGGAGCUUUCGUAGGUAGAAUUGUAGGAUGUGAUCGAGCUGGUUUCGUUCCAGUGUUACUAGAAGAACGCGGGGCUUGGGCAUCUU